CCGCAUAUUCGCGGAAUACGUGCGCGACACGAGUGCCACGUGUAUCCGGCGACUCGGCCCAACGCGUUAUCGCGCUCCAGUUACUCCACAUUACUCCCGUAUGAUAGCCAGUGGCCGCUGAUGCUUCGCCGGUGGAGUUUUCGAGCCUGUUGACUUCGCGCAGCGCAUCAGACCUCCGGUUCACGAUGAGAUACAAGCUCUGCGCCGCGCUGCUCCUGCUCUCCGUGCUGAGCUAUGUCACCUGUCAGUACAGGACGAAAAACAACCAAGGUGGCAUCUCCUUGGCGGAGCGCGUGGAGCAUCUGACGGAGAUGGCGAGUAAAAAGUCGGUGUUGAAAUUCAAUGGGUCGAAAUUCAAACAGUAUAUUAAGACUCCUCCGAGGAAUUAUUCCAUUAUAGUAAUGUUUACCGCCAUGGCGCCUCAGAGGCAGUGUCAGAUUUGCAGGCAUGCCAAUGACGAAUUUACAAUAGUAGCUAAUUCCUUCCGAUUCUCUCCAGUGCAUACCAACAAGCUGUUCUUUGCCUCUAUCGAUUUUGACGAAGGGUCAGACGUCUUUCGGCUGAUGAAGUUGAAUACUGCACCAGUAUACAUGCAUUUCCCACCCAAAGGUAAACCAAAAGCCGCCGACACUAUGGACAUCCAGCGAGUAGGAUUCGGUGCGGAAGCAAUAGCAAAAUGGAUUGGUGAACGCACAGAUAUCCAGAUCAGAGUAUUUAGACCACCAAAUUACUCUGGCACAGUGGGAGUAGGAAUUCUCGUGGUUAUCAUAAUAAGUGGUCUGUACAUGAGACGUAACAACCUGGACUUCAUUUAUAACAAAAAUCUCUGGGGAUUCUGCGCCACGUUCUUUGCCAUAAGUAUGACUUCUGGACAAAUGUGGAAUCAUAUCAGAGCACCGCCUUUUAUUCACAAAUCACCAAACGGCCAUAUAGCUUAUAUUCAUGGAUCUUCUCAAGGACAAUUUGUAGUGGAAACCUAUAUUGUUUUGGUCAUGAAUGGGGCAGUGGCAUUAGGAAUGAUUUUAAUGACUGAGGCUGCAGCUCGUAAAGGAGACGUUAAGAAACGCAAAAUACUAGCUGUGAUAGGUGCGGGAUUCGUCGCAAUUUUCUUUAGUCUUCUACUAUCGAUGUUUAGGACCAAGGCUCAAGGUUAUCCAUAUAGGGAAGAAUAAUUUGUCUGUUUCAGUUUACUGUUCAAGUAACUAAGCUAAGUAUAGGAAAAACAACUUCGUACAUUAUUUGUUUAAGAAAAAUAUUCGGCAUUUCGAUAUGAAAUACAAAACUAGGAAGAUUUUUUUACAAAUGGAAGGUAAAGAGUUAUAUUGUUAUAAAUGUUGUAUCAUGUUCAUUAUAUUGUAUGUAACACAAAAAAAUUCAUAUUUAAUACUUUUAUUGUAUAAUAAAACAAAGGUAGUAUACGGAAA